AUGGCGCCGCUGCCUUCAAUCGAAACCCUGUCCGCCGUGAAACUCAAGACUGGAGACAGCGACAAGGGAUCGUUCCCAGCUGGCAAGCUGUGGGAGGAGGGCCCGGCUCUCGUCGUCGUGCUCAGGCGCCCUGGCUGCGUUGCGUGCCGUGGACAAGCCUUGGAGAUAAUGGAUUUGAAGGCGAGGCUUGAUGAGCUCGGUGUGAAGGCUGUGGUGCUUGUCCACGAGUGGAUUCAGCGCGAGGUGGAUGGCUUCAAGCCCAAGUUUUGGCCUGGGGAACUGUACUUUGACCACCAGAAAGGCUUCUACAAGGCCUUGGGUGGCGGUACUGUACGCAGAAAGACGAUCCUCGACCUUUUGAACCCGUUUUCAAGGGCGUGGAAAAACGUCAGGAAGGCGCAGGCUCGCGUUGGAUCUGACCACAACCUCAACGGCGAUGGAUGCACUAUGGGCGGGCUGUUUGUUGUUGCAAAAGGCAAGGCUGGAGUUCAGUACAUGUUCGUUGAGGAAACGUUUGGGGACCAUGCUCCUGCUGAUGCCAUCUUAAAGGCAGCAGAAGAGGCAGCAUCGAAGAGUUAG